CACAGGUCAGUGUGUUUGAAGAUCUGUGACGUUUUCCAGGACAGGCAAUAAACCAGAAGUGCAAGUUGUGUCUCGUCCUCUGCAUCCCAGCAGCGAAAAUAAUUUAUGAGGACUCGGUCGAGCCAUUGGACUGGGUGUGUUUCAUGUGAGAUAUGAAAAUGUUAUAGUUUUAGUGCAAGAAGAAGCUAACUGUUAGGCUGUAGACGAAUAAAACGGAUGUCGUGUCAGCCCUGUGGUGCCUGUGUGGUGUUGUCAAGUCUGAAGUUCAGUGCAGGCUGAGUAAACACUCUCCGGCUGAGCUUGACUGGCGCCCCCUCCAACCACAGUCUCUCACUGGUGUCUCAACAAUGAACUAUGGAAAGCCUCAAGCACUAACUGAAGAAUGGCAAGAUUUAAGCGCAAGUCUUGCAUCACAUUAAUUGCUCUGGUGUUGCUCAUACUCGCCAUAACUGUGUUCUUAAGUGAGCUAAUAUCACGGGACUCUCCAUUCAGCAGCCCAGCCGAUAUAAAGGGGUUUCCCAAACCAGAGAGCCGGGAAAACCGCAACAAAAAACCAGAGGAGAUCAAAAUGAGCAGCGCUGCUCAGUCAGACAAGGAUGCAGAACUGGAAGUGACACUGAGGAAGUUCCCUCCUCCAAAUUACUACCUCCAUGCCUUCUACUACACGUGGUAUGGAAACCCAAAGAUUGAUGGAAAAUACAUACACUGGGACCAUCCACAGCUGCCACACUGGGACGUUAAGGUAGCUCAGGGAUAUCCACAAGGGAGACACAGCCCACCUGAUGACAUUGGAGCCAACUUUUACCCCGCUUUAGGGGUUUACAGUUCCAGAGACCCCUCUGUUAUAGAGGCUCAUAUGCAGCAGCUGCGUACAGCAGCCAUUGGUGUCAUUGCUGUUUCCUGGUAUCCUCCCAAUAUGAAGGAUGACAACGGGGACUCAACAGACGACAUUGUGCCUUUGCUGUUUGAGGUGGCUCAUAAAUACCACAUUAAGGUAGCUUUUCACAUUGAGCCAUACAAAGGAAGGGAUGAAGUCAACAUGUUCACUAAUGUUAAAUACAUCAUUGAGAAAUACGGAGAGCACCCGGCUUUUUUCAAGUACUUGACAAACACUGGCAAACUUCUUCCGCUCUUCUAUGUGUAUGACUCAUAUCUGUUGAACUCGGAGCAGUGGGCCAAGCUGCUAAAGCACACGGAGACCAACAGCAUCAGGGAUACCCCGUAUGACGCCAUCUUCAUCGCGCUGCUGGUAGAGGAGAAAGACAAGAGAGAUAUCCUGACAGCAGGUUUCGAUGGCGUUUACACCUACUUUGCCACUAAUGGUUUUUCCUACGGUUCCACGCAGCGUAACUGGGCCUCUAUAAAAGCUUUCUGUGAAGAUAACAACCUGAUGUUCAUUCCAAGUGUAGGCCCGGGAUAUAUCGACACGAGCAUUCGACCCUGGAAUUUCCAAAACACUCGAAACCGCAUCAAUGGCAAAUACUACGAAACCUCGCUGAGUGCAGCACUGGAAGCCAGGCCUGAUUUUAUCUCUAUAACAUCCUUUAACGAGUGGCACGAGGGGACUCAGAUUGAAAUGGCUAUUCCAAAAACAAGCCAGACGGUGUAUCUGGACUAUCUGCCCAACAAACCAUCAAUCUACCUGGAAAUAACUCGCAAAUGGGCGGCGAUAUUUGGUGGUGAGAGACGAAAGUGGCAGGAAUGAAAAUGACUAAGAUCCAUAGCAGAUGUUUAUUCAUGGGGUAUAAACAAAAUGAAAACUAAAUGGAGUUCUGCUUGCUGAACGCAGAGCAAAAUGCAAAUGAAGACCAACUUUAUAAGAAAAGCCAAAUGAUUUGCAAAGCCGUAGGCAAGUGAACCACUUACUUAUCCUAAUUUUGGCUGCGCUGAUGUAUGUCGUUUUGUUGCACUUGAACGAAUUAUUGUGAAUUUAACUGAUGUCUUAUUAACGCUUGUUUGCACACCCUUGUACAUUUUUGUUAUUCCUGGAUUUUCACCAGCCGAAACAGCAUAGGCAUGUUUUGCAGUUCUGUGAUCUGUGACUAUAUUAGACCCGAACAGAAAUAAAGUGCACUCUGGAACGAGGCAGAGACACGAGUAAACAAAGCAGUCUGGUGGAAUAAAGCUGUUGCCUCAUUCUGCUUUCAACUCAGCUUCAGCCCAAAAUACAGUACAAGAAAAUAAAAAGACGGGGAAAAAAACCCUGCAACAUACAUUUUGACAUUUCAAAGACAUGUCAGUUUAAAAUCUGAGAUGAGUCAUAAUGAUGCAAACAGCGGCGGGAUGGAAGGAUAGCAGUUCAGUUGUUGAAACAGAUUUGUAGCUGAGGGAAUGGAGGGCAAAAUCAAGAUUGGUUUUUAUCUGUGCAGUAGAUUGCCUUCUUAUUUAUGAGCUGUUGCCAUGGUACAGUACAAGUCUAACAGAUACUUCUCUUACUAGACGUGCUAUCGGUGCAUACAGCUGCGUGGCCACAGCUGUUUGCCUGCAUCUGCACAAAUCACGCAUUAUGUUAAAACUGCCCCCGCAGCAAAGCCAUCUCUCCACUGAAAACAUACAGUGGUCUUUUUAUUCUUGCCUCUUAAUUUUCAGCCCAGUCCUUCUUCCAGAUCACUUGAACUUGUGAGAAUUUUUGUUGGUGGUGUUUCGGCUUCCGCAGCCAUACAGCAUGUUUACCCACAGGUUUAUAAGCAAGCAUGGCUGUGAAAGCCAUUCAGCUUCAGCUUGGAUUCCUGGAGCAGUUCGCAGCAAGUUUUAAGGACUGCUAUAGAUCACUGUCUAAUUGUACAACCCAGCAUCUUCUCAGUUGUACGUCCUUGGCUGGCUGCAGAACAUUUGCAUCCAGAAUUUGCUGACUUUUAUUGGAAUUUAUUUUUGCCUCGAUCCGGGCAAUUUUCCCGACGCUCCCAAAUCAGAAUAUUACUGCAACAGCUUUCAUGCUUAAAAGUUGGCAAGUUAUGUGUGUGUGUGUCUGCUUUAUUUUUCAAUUAAAUGCUUUUUGCUCGUUUUUCUUAAACGGUACCUUUGGUGAUUGUGGCCAAAAAAGCCAAAUGAGCUUCACCUGCACACAGCACUUGUUUUCCAAUUGGCUCCGGCUCAUCCAGGUGUUGCUUUGCCUACUGAAGUCAAACUCAAAGAUCUCGUCUUCAUGUCCUCUUGCCUUGCUGUUGUGCAAGGCUGCCUUUAAUCCGACGCUGUGUAAGAAAUUUUUUUUGGAGUUUGACCCAUGCAAAAUCGUAUUAAUGCACUUCUGAAUUUAAUCGUUAAUUUUGAAAUGAACCCUGUGAUGACUCCUCCAACUGUUUUGAAUUACAACAUUAAACCACUAGAGCAACCCUGUAAAUGAUUAAUUGACUGGCUAAAAGAAAUCACGGGGCAUGCUCAAGGUUUAAUGGGGCAAACUGUAUCUGUGAGCCUCUGUAUAGAUAAUUGAACCUACUUUUUUUGUAAGUUGUUUUUGCAUGUGAUUUAAGAAUGCGAAAAAUAUUAAAUAAACUGGCUGAAAAUUAA